GAAUAGUGUUCUUGUUGGAUGUUGUUGUUGCGCUCUAAGGGUCAGAGCCUUCUGCAGGCAGUCGCCACGGGUUGUUUCAUAUAUUAGGGGCGAAACCAGUAACCAAUCGACGUAAUUUUAAAUACUGUUUGCCCUCUCGUCAUACUUUAAAUCCUGCGAAAGACAAGUCACCAUGGACCCCUUGAAUCUAUUAGAUGAUCGUAUUUCGGAGUUAGAGCGGAAAGUUCUUGGAACUCGUGGGUCUGCUGCAGCAUCACUUCGUGGAGAUACAGAGAAACUUUCUGUAUUAGAAGCAUUAUCUCAUGCUAAUCAGCUCUUAAACUCAGCUUUGUCGGGACGUGAAAAAGCCCUUGCAGUCAUGCAACGCAUCAGUGAACUAAACAGAUACAUGGACCCUACUUUUGAAGACUCCACCAUGACCUGUGAGGCAAAACUGGAGAUUAUUUUGGCAAGGGAGCGGGAACUUCGUCAAGAUCUAUCUAGUUUAGAACAAGCCCAAAGGCUUGUGUCUAAUGUAUUGGACAACCAAAAUGCCAUCAGUAGCAUGCAAGCAGUCUCAGGGCUCUCUGGGCAACUUGAAAAGUUGACUUUGAUCACAAUAGAUAGUGUCCAGGGUGUGGAAGCUCUAAAUGAACAGGCUCAAGAUUUGUUUGAACGUUAUAACAGUAUUGUUAAAGAGUUAACUCGAGCUUUUAUGGUGCUAGACGAGAUGGUAUCAGCUGAAGAACAAAGGGGAAAGCCAAAAAAGAAAUCGUCUGAAUAAAAAAUUUCUGUGUGAAUGAUCAAAGCUAGACCUUCAUGUUAUAUCUAGCUUUCUAAUUUAUUCUAUUUCUAUGCAAGAUCAUUAAAACAAAUAUAGGGUGGGGGAAAUCACACAAUAAUUUUUGCGGCCUAUUUUUAAAAUGAAUCACAUGUUUUUUUAAGUAAGUAACACAACAUGCUGAAGUUGAUACACAUCUCCAAAAAAACAAGUUUUCCUUUGCCAUGUACCUCACCCUUAGUGUUAUUCUUAAUUCUUAAUGUGCAGGAGUAUAUGUAAUUAGUAAUCAAUAUCUGACAUUUUGUUGAUUAUAUUUUUGUUUGUUGUCAAUUAUAUUUAUGUUGAAACCUAGCAAAGCCAGGUUUGUAUUGUAGAUUUUCUAUGCUAGUCCUUCAUUUUCUCUUUUUUCCCUUAUGUAUUGUAGUCAGAAUUUUAGCUGUUACUGUUCUCUGUUUUCAAGGGAAACAAUUUUUUUAGAUAUUUGAGGUGAAUUUUGAUAUUUCUAAAGACUUCAGUACCUUGAUAUCGAUCUCCUACCAUUGGAUUUGUGUUCAGAAUGGGGGGUUCAUAGGAAUUCUUUGUGUUAAGAACCACUUUUGCCUGCUAACAAAUGACAUGUCUGCUUGAAUUUGAAAAGCAAGAUAUUUGUUAGCACCUAUUUUGAAUCAUUAAUCAUUCCAUAUAUAACCAAGGAAAACUGUUAUCUCUCUUGGUUUUUGGUGUCACAUGUAUUGCUAUACUGCCAUGUACGUUAUACAUAUUUUAAAUUUCUACAAUUUUCCCUAUGAAUUCUCAAUCAAUGAGCUUUAGCUUGCUUGAGUCUUGUGAUCUUUUAGACAUAAGGGUCUAAAGAGGAUGUACUCAAGCUUUGAUAUCACAAUCAUGUGGCUAUGUCUCCUCUAAUAAAUUUGAAGAAAGCUUUUAUUAAACCAUCACCUUAUUUA